UCAAAAAGCCACCGAAGCAUCACCGGACCACGAGGUCUAGGUCCCAGGGCCUUGUGGGUAUACCCAGGCCCCUUUUAUUGUUUCUUUAGGGGGGUUCGCCCUUCUGAUGGCGUUAAAAAGUGGUUUGAAGCACUAACUGGGAAUUUCCUACCAUUUGUUGUCUCAUAUAUUUCUCACUUCAUCUGUUCAUAUAAUUUGAAUUAUAACUUCAGGCCGCUUCGCGGCCCUAGUAUGAUUCUCAUUUUAGUGACGUCAUGUGAAAACUAGCUAUAUGUUUGAAUAACUUCCGGUUUGGGAAGUCUUACGAACUGAAUUUGCAGCACACUAAAGGUCUUUUGUCGAUUUACACCACAAAUGAAGUGUUAAUUCAACCCGUUAUAAAAACAAGUUUUCUUUUCUAAACACAUUGCCGCAUUCAAGCAAAUUAAUGUGUUUACUUGCCGGUCCGCAGACACUUUUUGGGCUCAUCACGCGAUCGUGACAAACGUAAGUCACGCAAUCCUUUUGAACUCGAGUGGUGUCAUCGCUCGAAAAUCGAGCGAGUGGCACGCAGUUGACAAAAAUUACGCUAACUACUAAGUGUACGAAGCUUAUAAUGUGGGAAUGUGGCCUGCACUGCUUGGAGUGUUUUUUGUUCCUAGCUUUGUAGCUCUUCGUAGAUCUUUGAUGAGUACCGAACGUAAAACGUGGGAGACGAGUAGGGGGAGGGUGGUCGAGCAUGGAUAAACGGACGGGGACUGGGAGAGAGGAAGAACGCAUUGCGUUUUCGCCUCCCUUACUCCUUCCCCGUUUACGUCUGCAACACAGGUUAGUUACUUUGGAAGAUUCAAGCAUGGUUAUGCCUUAUUGUACAGUUCUGCAGCUGACGUUCUAGCAUAAUUGCUUGCACUGAUUAUCGUUAGCAAGAUGACCGUGACAGCACACCCUGAAAGCCAUCCGUUUUUGCCCGAGAAAGUCAUGACUCAUGAAAUGGCCAUUGCUAUCGCGCUUGCCGUAAUAACUACGGCAGGGAAUCUUCUGGUGAUUGUAGCUUUGUACAAGGACCCAUUUAGAGAACUACGGACGACUGCCAAUUACCUUCUGGUGAACCUUGCAGUAGCUGACCUGAUAAUGGGCCUUGUAGUUGAGCCUAUUUGGGCCCUUCAGUACUGGGUGAAAGAAAAUGGUUCAAACAAAUCGAACUAUUCCAUCGCAGUUAAUGUGAUUCUCGUCUUGGCAGUUGAAGCCUCCAAUCUCACAGUGUUGUCUCUCACAAUCGAGAGAUACAUUGUCUUAGAGAGACCUUUGCAGAGAGAAGCGCUUUUUAGCGGUAAAGCCGUGAAGAUCUCCAUUUUUCUGAUAUGGUUGACGGCAUUAGUGAUAAGCUCGUUGAUAAUUCCCUUUCGGGAUCAGCGGGAGUAUACUUUGUUUCUAUUUGCCGGUAUGGGUGUUUUCUUGCUGUUAAUCAUGCUCGGCUUGUAUAUCCGCAUGUUUAUAAUCAUCCGAAAGUUCAACAAGUCACUUCUCGCACAAGGAGCUCAAGCAGCACUGGUUCAGCCUGGGCAGGCAUACAUAACAGCUCGCAAAAGGGAACAACAAGUUGCCAAGGCCAUCUUUCUAUUUUAUGGCACGUUUGCAUUAUGCUGGCUUCCCUCUGUUGUCGUUGAAACUAUAAAGUAUCGUGAACCUAAAAUCGACGAGCACAUCUGCCGAGGCCUUAUGUUUCUUGGCCUUUUUAAUUCUGCCCUCAAUCCAGUAUUAUACACUUUCAGAAUGCCAAGCUUCUGGAGGGCAAUUAAGAGAAUGUUUAAUGACUUUAAGGUGGCAUGCAGACAGAUUUUAUAAGGCCAGUAUAGACUUGCUAAAAGACUGGCAUACUCCAGGCCAAACGUGUAGGGGCACUUUAUCGUUUGGUAAGAAAUUGCCUUUACCUCACCUUCCCCUCCCUCAUGCGCGCAACACAAUGUUUCAACGCGGGUCCGAGAGACCGAGACUCCGGGAAAGAAGGGGGUGGAGGGGGAUUGAAAAAUUAGAAAACGACCUCGUACUUUUAAGAUUAUACGUCAUUAAUUGGUAUUUUGCCGGUCAUGCGGCCCAAGGACCUUUUAGCCAGGAUUGCAGUUAAAUAGUAAAAA